GGAUCCAGAUUGGGUUCAGGAGUGGAUUCGGGAGCAGCUCUGGGAUCCGGAUUGGGUUCAGGAGUGGAUUCAGGAGCAGCUCUGGAAUCCGGAUUGGGUUCAGGAGUGGAUUCGGGAGCAGCUCUGGGAUCCGGAUUGGGUUCAGGAGUGGAUUCGGGAGCAGCUCUGGGAUCCGGAUUGGGUUCAGGAGUGGAUUCGGGAGCAGCUCUGGAAUCCGGAUUGGGUUCAGGAGUGGAUUCGGGAGCAGCUCUGGGAUCCAGAUUGGGUUCAGGAGUGGAUUCGGGAGCAGCUCUGGAAUCCGGAUUGGGUUCAGGAGUGGAUUCGGGAGCAGCUCUGGGAUCCGGAUUGGGUUCAGGAGUGGAUUCCGGAGCAGCUCUGGGAUCCGGAUUGGCGUUCCGGCGGCGGUGGUGCCAUGAGGGAGACCUUCCCGGCGGUGGUGUCGCACCGCGGGGUCCCAGCGGCCAUCGGGGUCCCCCCCGGCGCCGGGCAAGGUCCCCCCGUGGCCAAGCUGGAGCCGUCCCUGUUGGCCGAGUGGACGGAGGAGGUGGAGGCGCCGGGCUGUGCCGGCUCAGGUGGGCACCGCCGUGGACCUCUCGUGGUCUCCGAGGUCUCCAUGAGGUCCGGGAGCCGCUCUGGAGCUGAAGGAGACCCCGGCUUUGCCCCCUCGGUCUCCCCAGGGCUGCUCCUGGUCCCCAAGGUGGAGGACAUCUCUGAGGGCAACGGAGAGGAACCGGAGCAAAGCUGCUCAGAUCCCACCCUGGUUCGCACGGUGAAGGUUGAAGACGACUCCGAGGAGUUUCCUCCUCCUCCUCCUCCUCCUCCUCCUCUCACCGCCUUCAAAGCGGAGCCUUUGCUCUCCUCCGACCUCUCUUUCUCCGCCUUCUCGGCGCCGCCAUGGCCUCCGUUGGCCAACCGGGACCUCGUCGACGUCCUCCCGUCGGCGUCUCCGCCGCGCCCGUUCUCCUGCGGGACGUGCGGGAAGCGCUUUGGGAAGAAGGCCCACCUGACGCGGCACCUGCGGGUGCACACGGGCGAGCGGCCCUUCCCCUGCGCCGAAUGCGGGCGCCGCUUCCGCCAGAAGAUCCACCUCCGCUCCCACCAGAAGACGCACACGGGCGAACGGCCCUUCCCCUGCGCGCAGUGCGGGCGGCGCUUCCGGAAGAAGACCCACCUGGUCCGGCAUCACCGUACCCACACCGGCGAACGCCCCUUCGGCUGCGCCCGCUGCGGGCGGCGCUUCGCCCACAAACAGCAUCUCCUGCGCCAUCAGCGCCUCCACCGCGCGGCCGAUGCCGACGACGCCAAACCGACGCCGGCGCGCACUGAGGCCUUCGCCGACGCGAUGGCGGCCGCGUGCCGGCGGUUCGAUCCGCCGUGUUUGGACGCCAAACCUUUUUCUUGCCUUGAACCGUUGAGCCAUAACGGCGUUGGCGUUGCGGUGAGCGCCGAGCGCCCCUCGGGUUGGCGCCGCCAUGAUUCGUCGCCUGCCGGGAAAGGUCACGGCGCGGCGGCGACGACGCGGCCGUUCGGUUGCGAGCUGUGCGGGCGCCGCUUCGGCCGUAAAUCGCACCUUGCGCGGCACCAGGCGGUGCACACCGGGACGCGGCCGCACGCCUGCGGGCAGUGCGCCAAGAGCUUCAGCUCCAAAACCAACCUGGCGCGGCACCAGGCCGUCCACACCGGGCACCGCCCCUUCGCCUGCGCCCAAUGCGCGAAGGCCUUCAGCCGGAAAACGCAUCUCCUGCGGCACCAAAGCACCCACGGCGCCGUCCCGCCGUAGAGUUGGGCGUCGGCGCUCACCGCUUUCCACCUCCGAGGUGGGGACGGUGCCGUGGAGCUCUUACGGAGAGCCGUUGGCUGCAGCGCCGGUCAACGAUGGCCAACGUUGGGUUGGGAAGUGGUCUUCAAGCCGUGAGGAUGAGUGGUGGCCGCAGCGGGAGCGGCGGUGGAGGGAUCACGGGGGGCUUCAACUCAUGGUUGAGGAGAAAGGAGGUGGUCCCGGCGUGGGGGCGGUGCCCGGUGUGGACGUACAGUGAUGGUUCCUCCAUCCCAUCCUCAUCCUA